AUGUCUACCAUUUCGAAGCCAGCAGUUCCCCCGGUGGUUGCGCAAUCCGCCACCGAGUUGAUUGGCAACACACCGCUGGUAAGACUGAAUAAGAUACCUCAGAGUUUGGGAAUCGAGGCCGAAGUCUACGCAAAGGUUGAGCUUUUCAAUGCCGGUGGAAGUGUCAAGGAUCGUAUCGCUCUGCGAAUGAUUGAGGAGGCAGAGAAAUCGGGGAGAAUAAAGCCAGGAGAUACUCUUAUUGAACCAACAAGUGGUAAUACUGGUAUCGGUCUUGCCCUAGUCGGAGCCAUCAAGGGCUAUAAAACAAUCAUCACCCUUCCUGAGAAGAUGUCUCCAGAGAAAGUUGCGGUUUUAAGAGCACUUGGCGCAACCAUUAUACGUACACCAACCCAAGCUGCCUGGGACUCUCCAGAAUCUCACAUUGGAGUUGCGCGACGACUACAAAAGGAAAUUCCAAACUCGCAUAUUCUAGAUCAGUAUGCCAAUGAGAACAACCCAAAUGCGCACGAGUUUGGUACCGCAGAGGAAAUCUGGCAGCAGACAAAUGGACAGAUCAAGGCAAUUGUGGCAGGUGCCGGAACUGGUGGAACUAUUACUGGACUAUCUAAAGGAUUAAAGAAGCAUAACCCUGACAUCAAAGUUAUUGCUGCUGAUCCUUUUGGCUCUAUCCUCGCUCUCCCAGAGAGCUUGAACCAGGAACACGCCAACGAAUCCUACAAAGUUGAAGGAAUUGGUUAUGACUUUAUUCCUGAAGUUUUGAAUCAGAAGGCGGUGGAUUUGUGGUAUAAGACAGAUGAUGUGGAAUCUUUCAUGUAUGCCAGACGUCUCAUUGCAGAGGAAGGCCUUCUUGUUGGAGGUAGCAGCGGAAGUGCAAUGGCAGCAAUGGUUCGAGCAGUCAAGGAUUUGGGACUCAAAAAGGGAGACAUAGUCGUGGUUAUCCUUCCCGAUAGCAUUCGAAGCUACCUCAGCAAAUUCGCCGACGACGACUGGUUAGCAGUAAAUGACCUCUUACCUCCUUCACCACCUACCAGCGCGCCAACCUCACCAAAGCUCGAAUCUACACCCUCAAAAAAGAAAGAUCCAUACUCUGGAGCGACUCUUCGCGCUCUCCGUCUGAAGCCAGUCACCACCGUCCUAGCCGAUUCCGCAUGCUCAGAGGCGAUCGAAACCAUGCGCGAAAAGGGCUUCGAUCAACUCCCAGUCCUCGCACCAACAGGCGGAAAGCUCGUCGGUCUUGUCACCUUGGGCAAUCUACUAUCCUGGAUCAGCCGUGGCCGCGCAACAGGUAAAAGCCCCGUUUCAGACGUAAUGUUCGACUUCUCCGCCAUCCCCGAAGUCGUCACCGACCCCAAGGACAUCAGCAGACUCAGCGAGCCACCCAAGACCAACGGUCUCGAGAACGGAACCGACGGUAAGAAGCAAAAAGACCCAAAACGCAAAUUCGUCGAGAUCACACUCGAUACGCCACUCACGGCGCUCAGCAAGUUCUUUGAGUGGAAUAGCGCGGCGAUUGUCACGGAGAAGGGAAGUCAAGCGGAAGGAGGCCUGGCGAAACCGGUUGCUGUUGUUACGAAGGUUGAUUUGCUUAGUUGGAUGGUUAAGCAGACGAAGGUUUGA